CGACUCGUCAACCACAUGCGACUAUAAUCAGCUGUUCUAAACUUCCUCAUUGGAAGUCACGAAAAAGCGGCUCUGAAGAAGGCGAUACUGCCGAAACGCUUUGUAUGCUCCAGUUCGUUACCGACAAAUCUCACCGUCAGUAUUCGCGAACACAGCUCUCCUUAUCGGAAUCGCUCUUGGUGUAUGCGAUUUGACUCUUGAAUUCAAGUUGACAACAUUUGUUGACGUUCCUAACUGUGGUGCUUUGGGAUGUUUUAUCAGUCUCAGUUUUCGUGCAUACUGGGCAACCUCUAACAUGGUACUUGUGGUAAUGGCGAAGUUGCAGUAUAUUCGAGUAUAUUCCAAAACACUACGAAGAUCCCAGAAAAAUGGAAGGGAUACGCUCGCAAAAGUGUGUUAUCCAUAG